AUGAAGGGUCUCGCACUUGUCGCCGCCGCCGCCUUCGCAGCACAGGCCUUCGCCGGCCCGGCCCCUUCUCAGCAAGAGAAGCGCGCUGACGGCGACGGCGACGCUGCACAGAGGGCGCAGAACAGUGUUUACGUGGUCUGGGGCUCUACCUGCAAGCACUUGGGCAUGUCGCAUGCCUACUGCGAAGCCCAUGUCACCAAAGAGUGCGAAGGAAUAUUCAGCGACGCCUACUCUAAGGCUCGGGAAAACCGCCUCACCAGGGCCGACUUCAACAGGUUCAAAAACGAGGUGGAGACUUGCUUCAAGCUGAGAGACCCAGCCACAGAGGCUGGCUUAUGCCACGGCCUUGACCUCUCGGAAGAAUCCUGCAAGAAGUACGCCAGAGAAUGCCGCCAGGAGAAGCAGGCCAAGCUGGACCCCAGCAAGGGCACUACGCAGGGCAUCGUCACGUCCAUGGUCCGGAGGUGCCUGAAGGACAAGGCCAAGGAGCAGCCUCCCACGCCUGCCGCAGAGAGCGCCGGGGAGCCGGUCGAGCAGCCGUCCUCGGGGCCCGGGGCGGACAAGCCGGCCCAGCAGGACCGCGGAGACUGCGUUUCCGAGAGCGAUCAGCAGCUGUGCCGUGGCCUGUUCCCCUUGGACAAGUGCGUCGACUUGAUCGGUCCCUGCAAGCGUUGGGCACGGCGCCAGUCCGGUCCCAACGGCGAGUCUCGAGGCUGCCGUCAGACAGCCAGGGCGUGCUUGGAGGAUGGUAUGAAGGCCACCAUGGAGCAGAGUGACAUUGUCUUCCCGGAGUUUUAA